AUGACAGACCCCGCCCACACCUUGACCACGCGGCUAGCCGCCCCGACCGCCGCUGGGCUUGGGGUCGCCUCCGUACCCCAGGCACCCCUGGACCCUCUGCAGUCAGGCCACGCCCCCAUGUCGCCCAACCCCCUGAGGCCUCUAUUUCCGCCCACAACUGGGAGCCUCAGAUCAAAACCCCGAAACCCGACCGAGGCUCCUCCUCCAGAUGAGGCUGUGGCUCCGCCCCCAGCGCACGCUUCCCCCCAAGUCCCGCCUACAGGCCCUCACACCGCCCGCGCAAGCCGACCCCCUUCCGGAGGCCUGAACCAUAGAGAGGACGAGCGGGCCAGAGAGCCCGCGGCCAAAGAGACUCGCAGGCUAGAGCGACCCCCGCCCCCCGUUACCUACCAGUCUCCAUGGCAACCAAGCGCGGGCGAGGGGAAGGGGAGCGCCGCGUCCCAGCGUGUGACGAGAACGCGCAGGUGCUGGGGACGCGCCGUGCGUGGUCCAGGGGGCGUGGCUGCGGCGCGCAUCCGGGCCCCGGGGCUUCUCCGCAUUCCAGGCUCCCAGAGAGUCAAAACCCACACCCCGGGGCCCAGAAGCCUCGGCCUUCAGAUAAGGAGCCCCCGCGAAACCCUGCCAAGCCUCAUCCCAGAACCCCAGGGACGUGCCAGACGCGCCUCGGUCCCCGUCCUUCCGGACACGAGCCCUUCUGCUCCCCAGAAACCCUGUUGCUCCCCAGGAUCCUUUACUCCUCCCCGGGGCAGGCGCUCCUCGAGCCCUGUUUGCACCCCGCGGUCCUCGGCGCCCAUCCGGAGGCGCCCCUGUCCCCAGCCCCCUGCCGGGGCGCCUCCUCCCUGCUGCCCCGCUGACCUGCUCCGGCUUGCAGACCCCCGGGCCUCGCGGGCCGUCACCGAAGCUCCGGUGGGAGGCCUGGACGGGGACUUGAGCGCUUGGCGGGUCCUUGGCGGCCCCGCGCACUGCUCGCUGCACAGCGGCCCGCGCGCCUCUGCCCCGGCCCUCCCAGCCGCCCUCCCACGCCCCCCACCCACCCUGCCGGCUCGCUUGUUUUCUGCCCGGCUUGGCCGACCUUCCCACAGCUCUCCUUGGGAGGAAGCCAGCCAGGGCCGGCUUCCAGAGCCACUGGAAGGCCAAGGCUGGGCAGGCGCGGCCCCACCCCCGCCCGCAGUUGCCACUGGUCCCGGGGAGGUGGGUGGUGGGAUGGGGGCUGCUGCAGAUCCCGAACCGGCCAGCCGGGGGUCGACAAGGGCCAGUCUCCAGAGCUGCCUCGCCCCCUCCACCGCGAUCGCCCAUUUUACAGUCUGCAGGGAACUGACCCCUCGUCGGAUUCUGAGCACCUGCUCCGGCCUUCAGUCCCAAUGUCCGGAAGGUUGGCAGCAGGCUAGCAAGUACUUCUGUUUGACCCUCAGGAUCCCCACGGUGGAAGAGAACUCCCAAAAGUUAUUUUCCGGCUUCCCCGCACUGGAACACAAUUAAUCGGCAAGAGAACAACUAAAUAAAUAAAUAAGAAAAAUAAAUACAAAUAAA